AUGAAUUUCUGCUCUUCCCCUCUUUCCUCGCCGACCACCCUCGUACCCUACCUAACGCGAUCCUUUUCUCACUCACUGGCCUUCUACCCCCUUACACCGAUCCCCUCUUCUGCAGUGGAUCGCGACACAAGCAACCAACAUCAGUAUGGAGUUAUGGAGACCGUGGACCGAAAUACCGAUUUGUUCUGCGUAUCCGCGAUUUUAUCAUGUCUCGGUCUCUCGGUGGUGUACGUCGCGAGCCUCUAUGUAUGGAGUUCCCCGUACAAUAGAGAACAUCCUACAGUAAUAAAAAAAAGAUUUUUUAGCGUUUUUAUUAUAUCUCUUAUAUCUCCUGCUUCGUUGUACUUUGGAAUGAACGACUCGGUCUUUCUGAAGGCAACGAUUUGGGAAUUAUUGGGUCUACGGUGGCCAGGUUUAAUUCAAGCAAUUGUGAUACCAUUAUUAUUAACAAUGAUACUGUUUCUAGGGCCAUUAAGCGUACAAGGAUUUAAUGGGCUUUGGAGAUUAUACGCUGGUCUGCCUCUUUUAGAGCCUAUGUAUUGGCUUGGAAGUAUACAAACGUUAACAUGGUGGAGGAAUCAAGUAGUUGCACCUCUGUCCGAAGAGUGGACAUUCAGGGCAUGUAUGUUACCAUUGCUUUUGCAAUGUUUUACACCGACUACUGCUAUAUUUGUAUGCCCCUUAUUUUUUGGGGUUGCUCACUUUCAUCAUGUAGUAUAUAGAGUAAAAACAGGCAUGAAACUUAAACAUGCACUAUUUAUAUCUUGUUUUCAAUUUGCAUACACGACAUUGUUUGGAGCAUAUGCAGCUUUUCUUUUUGUUAAAACAGGUCAUAUAGCAGCUCCAUUUACAGCACAUUCGUUUUGUAAUCAUAUGGGAUUUCCUGAUCUAUCCGAAGUUGUGGCAUUUAAAGGUCCUUUAAAGAGAGUUGGAUUGUUUUCUUUGUUUGUCAUUGGACUAGUAGCUUGGUGUUUUCUGUUAACACCAAUGACAAAUCCGACGUUGUUCCAUAAUAAUUUAUUUUGGCAUAAACAUUUUAUAUGAAGUACGAUUUAUUUGCAAUAAUGUCUUCAAAAUUAUUUACAAUUUUGAUAACAAAAUUAGACUAACUUGAAAUUAUUAACAUCGUUUUAAUAAUUCAUAUUGCAUGAUUUUUUAAAAAAAAGAGUAUAUAUUUUUAAUGUAAAACUUAGAUUAUUAAUCUUUC